AUGGACCAGAUAUGGCUGCUGCUCCUGCUGACUAUGAGAGUGCUCCCGGGCUCGGCUCAGUUCAACAGUUACAACUGCGAUGCGAACCUCCACAGUAGAUUUCCUGCUGAAAGAGACAUCAGUGUCUACUGUGGGGUGCAGGCCAUUACAAUGAAGAUUAAUUUUUGCACAGUCCUUUUCUCGGGUUAUUCUGAAACAGAUCUGGCUCUGAACGGAAGGCAUGGGGAUUCCCACUGCAGGGGGUUCAUCAAUAACAACACCUUUCCAGCAGUGGUCAUUUUUAUCAUCAAUCUCAGCACCUUGGAGGGCUGUGGAAACAAUUUAGUGGUAUCCACAGUUCCUGGUGUCAGUGGUUAUGGAAAUGCAACUUCAAUGCAAAUAGGAAAUAUUUCAGGAUAUAUUGAUACUCCAGACCCGCCAGCAGUCAUCAGCUAUCUUCCUGGUCUUCUGUACAAGUUUAGUUGUAGUUACCCAUUGGAGUACCUGGUUAAUAAUACCCAGCUGGCUUCGUCCUCAGCUGCUAUUUCUGUGAGAGAGAACAAUGGAACAUUUGUCAGCACUUUGAACUUGCUCCUUUAUAAUGAUUCAACCUACAGAGAGCAGUUAAUUAUCCCAAGUAUUGGGUUACCUUUGAAAACCAAAGUAUUUGCAGCUGUGCAAGCUACUAACCUGGACAACAGAUGGAAUGUUCUAAUGGACUAUUGCUAUACGACCCCCUCAGGGAACCCAAGUGAUGAUAUUCGGUACGAUCUUUUCCUUAGCUGUGACAAAGAUCCUCAAACGACUGUCAUUGAAAAUGGCAGAAGCCAGCGGGGCCGGUUUUCAUUUGAAGUGUUCCGGUUCGUGAAGCACAAGAAUCAGAAAAUGUCUACCGUGUUCCUGCACUGCGUCACCAAGCUCUGCAGAGCGGAUGACUGCGCCUUCCUCAUGCCAAUUUGUGGCAACAGAAAAAGGAGAGAUGCUGGGAGCCGGACCACUUGGAGCCCACAGAGCACUUCCGGAAACGCGGUCCUCUCUGCUGGUCCCAUCAUCACGCGGAGUGAUGAGACUCCAACCAACAAUUCACAGCUUGGUUCUCUGAAUGUGCCUUCUUUCCAGCUCAACACCCUCACCAGUGCCCUGAUAUCAGGAAUGGUCAUUCUGGGAGUCAUGAGUUUUUCCCUUCUCUUGUGCUCCCUGGCCCUUCUGCAUAGGAAGGGGCCCACCAGCUUAGUGUUGAAUGGCACAAGAAAUCCCGUCUUUGAGUGA